AUGAGGAGAGAAGAUGCCGGACGGAGAAGGCAAUUCCGGCAAGUCCUGAGAUCGGUUUUUCCGGAGGAACUGAAAUUUUCCAUUUUUGUUCUGCUCCCGAAGCUCUCGACGAUGUGGGAGACGAAGCAGUGUCUCAUUUCUUAUUCUCUUAAAAGGACGCAGACGAAUUCGACGGAUUUUUCUAGGUGGGAGUUAAAAAAGAAACGCUUGAUAGCAAAGUUGAACCAAACAAGAAAUAAAGGCCAGUUUACAGUUGAAGCUAUGGUGGAAACGGGUUCGAUUCUGAUGUGGCUCCCUUUGGUAGUGUUGGGAUUGUUUGUACUGAAAUGGGUGUUGAAGAGAGUGAAUGUUUGGAUUUAUGAGUCUAAACUUGGGGAGAAGAAACAUUAUCUGCCACCAGGAGAUUUGGGAUGGCCUUUCAUAGGCAACAUGUUGCCUUUUCUUAGAGCUUUCAAAACAUCUGAUCCUGAUUCCUUCAUCCGUACCUACACCACAAGGUAUGGGCGUAACGGUCUUUACAAAGUACACAUGUUUGGGAACCCAAGUGUGAUAGUAACAACACCAGAGACUUGUCGGCGAGUUCUAACAGAUGAUGAUGCGUUUCAGCCAGGUUGGCCCAAAUCUACCAUGGAACUCAUUGGCAGGAAGUCCUUUAUUGGUAUCUCCUUUGAAGAACACAAGCGGCUCAGGCGUUUGACUGCUGCUCCUGUCAAUGGCCAUGAAGCUCUCUCUGUCUACAUACACUACAUUGAAGAAACUGUUGUUACUGCUCUGGAAAAAUGGUCCAAAAUGGGAGAAAUCGAGUUCUUGACUCAUGUGCGUAAGCUUACGUUUAGGAUCAUUAUGUACAUAUUUAUGAGCACAGAGAGUGAGCAUGUUAUGGAUGCAUUGGAACGGGAAUAUACCAACCUUAACUAUGGAGUUAGAGCAAUGGCUAUUAAUCUUCCUGGGUUUGCUUAUCAUAAAGCACUGAAGGCAAGGAAAAAUCUUGUAGCUGCCUUUCAGUCUUCAGUGACUAACCGAAGAAAUCAGAAGAAGCAGAAUGUGUCAUCCAAUAAAAAAGACAUGCUGGAUAAUCUAAUAGAUGCUAAAGAUGAAAACGGAAGAACUUUAGAUGAUGAGGAAAUCAUCGACGUUCUGUUGAUGUAUCUUAAUGCGGGUCAUGAAUCCUCUGGACAUACCAUUAUGUGGGCUACCAUUUUCCUCCAGGAACACCCUGAGAUUCUACAAAAGGCAAAGGAAGAACAAGAGAGGAUUGUGAAAAAGAGAGCUCCGGGCCAGAAUUUGACUCUUAAAGAGACACGUGAAAUGGAGUAUCUUUCUCAGAGUCUUUUACUGAUGGAAAGAGGUUUUUACCAGGUUAUUGAUGAGACACUUCGAGUAAUAACAUUCUCUCUUACGGCCUUCCGGGAAGCAAAGAGUGAUGUUCGUAUGAACGGCUAUAUCAUACCAAAAGGCUGGAAGGUUCUGACUUGGUUUAGAGACGUCCAUUUGGAUCCUGAGAUCUACCCGGAUCCGAAGAAAUUUGAUCCUUCAAGAUGGGAGGGAUACACAGCGAAAGCAGGCACAUUCCUUCCUUUUGGUUUAGGAAGCCAUCUUUGCCCAGGAAACGAUCUUGCCAAGCUCGAGAUUUCCAUUUUUCUUCACCAUUUCCUCCUCAAAUACCGGGUGGAACGGAGCAAUCCCGGUUGCCCGGUGAUGUUCUUGCCACACACCAGACCCAAAGAUAACUGCUUGGCAAAAAUCACCAAAACGACGCCAGGAAGCAGAUCGGAGAAAGUUAAGAGAAUUUUCCAGCAAUUCGACGGGAACCGCGACGGUGGGUUAAGCCGGGAAGAGAUGUCAGCUCUCGUCGUGGCUGUGAACCCAAGGGUGAAAUUCAGCGACGAACAGAUUAGCGCGAUUCUCGACGAAGUGUUUCGAACCUACGCUGAGUUCAUCGACGGAGACAGAGGUUUGACCCACGACGGUCUUCUCCGCACUUACGACGACGGUGCCGGAGACGUCGAUCACGGGAAACCGAAAGCCGACAACGUGGACGCGGUGUCCGAAGCCGGAUGGUCUCGAGAGCUGGGUCCGUCGUCGGAUUCAUCCGACAAGAGAGUCAUCCAUUGGGAAGAAUCGAGCCACGAUUACACAGUCUUCGUGAAGGAGCUAGGAGUUCUGAGGAGCAAAGCAGAUGGCGCAAGAUCAAAAGAAGAAGCUUUCGAUGGACACAUGGCGAUUGGUAGAGUUUUGUACGAGCACCAGCUGUUCAAAGAAGCUCUCGUUAGCUUCAAGAGAGCUUGCGAGUUGCAACCAACGGACGUAAGGCCUCAUUUCAGAGCAGGGAACUGUCUCUACGCUUUAGGGAAGUGCAAAGAAUCUAAAGACGAGUUCUUGCUGGCGUUGGAAGCUGCAGAGUCAGGUGGGAAUCAAUGGGGUUACUUGCUUCCUCAGAUUUACGUCAAUCUCGGAAUCUCCCUGGAAGGAGAAGGUAUGGUGUUGAGUGCUUGUGAGUACUAUAGAGAAGCUGCGAUUCUCUGUCCAAGGCAUUACAGAGCCUUGAAGCUUCUAGGUAGUGCUCUGUUCGGUGUUGGUGAGUAUAGAGCGGCCGUGAAGGCCUUGGAGGAAGCUAUAUACUUGAAACCGGAUUACGCGGAUGCUCACUGUGAUCUGGCCUCGUCGCUUCAUGCUAUGGGUGAGGAUGAGAGAGCUAUUGAGGUUUUCCAGAGAGCUAUAGAUUUGAAACCUGGUCAUGUCGACGCGCUUUAUAACCUAGGUGGGCUUUACAUGGAUUUGGGUAGGUUUCAGAGAGCUUCUGAGAUGUACGCUAGGGUUUUAGCUGUUUGGCCUAACCAUUGGCGUGCUCAGCUCAACAAGGCUGUGUCUUUGUUGGGUGCUGGAGAGACAGAAGAAGCUAAACGAGCUUUGAAGGAAGCUCUGAAAAUGACUAACAGGGUCGAGCUGCACGACGCGAUCUCUCAUCUGAAGCAGUUGCAGAAGAAGAAGGUGAAAACCAAUGGGAAUAGUGUGAAUGAAGAAGGUCCGUUUAUCGUAGUGGAGCCUUCAAAGUUCAAGACUGUUGGGGAGAAGACGACUCUGAGACCAGACUUAGCAGCAGCUCUUGAAAUAAGAGCGUUCCAGAGAGUUACAAGGCUUGGAAAAUGCGAUGUCGAAGCGUUGAGAAGAGAGAUGAGAGACAACGAUGUUCCCGUGUCUUAUUCCGGCAAUGGCGUCCCCUUGAAGUCUAUAAGGAAACCAACCUUGGAAGAGAUUCUCCGGCGUCUGCUUAACGUCCUGAAACCGGAGACGUUCCAAGGAGCGAUCAAGGCCGUGAACGAGAGAAUCCUCACGGUGCUCGAUGAUUCAGGGUCGGGGAGAAUCGAUUUAGGAAUGUUCUACGCGGUGAUUGCUCCUUUGUGCGGUGGCCAUCAAAACAAAAGGAAAAGAGUUGCGUUCGAUGCGCUUCUUUGGAGACCUGGAAACGAAGGAAGCUCUCGGAUUACAAAAGCGGAUGCUUUCAAAUACAUCAACCUCUUGAGAGCUGUCUACAUACAGUCACAAGGGAUGAGCGAGAUGUUAGAAGUUCAUGGAGAAACCGAUGCUUCGACUGUAACGUUCAACCAGUUUCUUGGGAUGUACGAUGAUUCGGAGUGGGGGUUUGGUAUCAUGACGACCGUUGUGAAACUCGAGACAAGAGAUAGGAAUCGACACGGGAACCAAGUUUGUUCGGUUUGUCGUUAUCCGAUCAUUGGUUCCCGGUUUAAGGAAGUGAAAACCGGGUUUGGCCUCUGUAACCAAUGUUAUAGCGAAGGGAAAGUUCCUCCAGCGUUUAAACAGCAGGAGGAAUAUAGCUUCAGAGAGUAUGGGAGUGAAGUGGAAGCCAUGAAAGCUAAUUUUGAACUGAAGUAUUUGCUGAUUAUGGAGUUGAGUAAUCGACUAAUGUUAAUUGAUUGUGAGAUGGUGAACUUAAGUGUUUUUGUAAAGAGGAUUGGGUAA